UUUGCUGUCAAUCGUCGUUGUGGCCAUUUUUCCGUCGAAAAUUUUUUCUCACAUUCGUGCUGAACUAAUAGAAGUGGUGUUACCAUUACUUAUUUACUGAAAACAGAAGAUCCGGAAUAUCAGUCAACAUGCAGGGAAUGAGCAUUGCUUCGCUGAAAAAGCAUCCGGCUUUGAUUCCACUAUACGUUUGUACCGCUGUCGGAAUGGCCGGUGCCCUGUAUUAUACAAUCCGAUUGGCCACCCGUAACCCAGAUGUCGCAUGGGAUCGCAGCAAAUUGUCAAAUGAGGCAUACCGAAACAAACAAUACAAGUUUUAUUCUCCCAUCAGAGAUUAUUCGAAUAUUGACAGCCCAGCCCCAAAAUAUGAAAAGUAAAUUAUCCAAAGUUGUGUAGCAGCACCAUAGUCGUUGUCAGUGUAAUAGAGAUGCAAAGGAACUACAAUUUACGUUGGUGCAUAGCUUAUCGUUCAUUUCUGAUAUGAAAAUUCAAUGAAAUUCUUAAAUUAAUUUUCUUUUUUGUGAAAGAUCCAUAAUGAAUACAAAAAUUGUGAAAACAUAA